AUGGUGGCGGUGGUGAGAAAGGGGAAGGAAGUGGUGGCUGAGUUGAUGGUGGCGGUGGUCAGAAGAGGAGAAGGAGGUGGAGUUGAUGGUGGCGGUGGUCAGAAGGGGGUAGGAGUUGGUGGUGGAGUUGACGACGGUAGUGGUCAAAAGGGGGAAGGGGUUGGUGGUGCAGUUGACGGUGUUGAGGUGGUAAAAAUUUGUUUUGUGCGUGACCGUCUUGAAGGGGAAGGCCUUUGGCUAUGGAGGCACGACCCGGACUCCGGCGUGGAAGGGACUGAGUGGCUUAAUUUAAGGGCGGCCCUGGCUCCGGUUAGUUUGUCCGACGGCCCGGACAACUGGAUUUGGUUGGGUUCCGGUUCUGAGGAAUUUUCGGUGGCUGCUAUUAAAAAGUUUAUAGUCUCCAAGAAAGACUUUAGUGGCCGAUUUGUCAUGAGAUGGUGUAGGUGGGUCCCGCAAAAAUGUAACAUUUUUGCUUGGCGAGCUGAAAUGUAUAGAAUCCCGACAGUUGAUGCGCUUGCCAAUAGGGGGGUGGUGGUGAUCGAUGACUUAUGCAGCUUCUGUUCGGCAGGGAGUGAUUCGGUGGAUCACAUUUUCACUUUAUGUCCGUUUGCUUUGGGUCUUUGGGAAAAAAUAAGUUUUUGGUGCCGAAUUAAGAAUUUUUUCAUUUUCUCGUUUAGAGAUUUGCUGGAGAUUCACGAACAAGGAACUAGAUCAGCGUCGGAUCGUUUAAUCCUUCACGGUAUCAUUAUUUCGGCCUGCUGGGUGUUGUGGAAAGCUAGAAACGACAUAAGAUUCAACGGUAAGAGACGUAAUGUCGAAGAUCUUUUUAGUGAGGUUAGGGUGCUUAGUUUCUUUUGGCUUAAACAUAGGGCUAAGAAAGGUUUGUUAGACUGGGGGAAUUGGUGUAAAUAUGUGAAAAUGUAG